AGAAUCUCGAGUGAGUGAGCAAUGAAGAAUCAAGAAUCAGCAAUGGCAGGAAGAUGGUCUCUUCAAGGCAUGAAUGCUCUUGUUACUGGUGGUACUCGUGGCCUUGGGCAUGCGAUUGUGGAAGAAUUUGCUAGUCUGGGUGCAACUGUGUACACAUGUUCGCGUAACCAAAAGGAGCUUGACGAGUGCCUCAAAAUUUGGAAAGACAAGGGCUAUCACGUUUUUGGCUCUACUUGUGACAUAUUACAAGCAUCUGAGCGUGAGAAUCUAAUACAGUUGGUUUCCAAACAGUUUGACGGAAAACUCAAUAUCUUAAUAAACAAUGUGGCGAGAAUUAUACCAAAGGAUACUCUGAAAUCAAACGCAGAGGAUUACUCCAUUGUGAUUGGAACAAACCUAGAGGCUUCAUUGCACUUUAGCCAGCUUGCACACCCAUUGUUGAAGACCACAGGAAAUGGAAGCAUAGUCUUCAUCUCUUCAUGUGCUAGUUUUGUUUAUGCACCCGUUCAUACAAUCUAUGCUGCAUCCAAAGGGGCCAUUAAUUCACUAGCAAAGAACUUGGCUUGCGAAUGGGCAAGUGACAGCAUCCGUGUCAAUGUUGUUGCACCAUGGCCGAUGCAAACCUCCCUCACCGAGUCUUCUAAAAAAGAACAUGGGAAAAUAGUAGAAGCUUUGAUCCAAAGAACACCACAACACCGACUUGCAGAGCCGAGAGAAGUGUCAGCGGCGGUAGCAUUCCUUUGCUUCCCUGCGGCUUCUUUUGUCACCGGUCAAAUCAUUUGUGUGGAUGGUGGAGCAACAAUUUAUGGUCUCUGA